AUGCGUUGCAUGUUCAUUUGCAUCGCCCUCUCAUCGCCUGCCGUUUUGCUCACGGACCCCCAGCCGCUGCCAGUGACUCACCCACACUCCCUCUCGGAGCGCCAAAACGGGACGAACGCCAUGGACGAAAGUGUCUUGGUGACCUUGGCCCGCGUCGCCGAACGGGCUGAGCGUUACGAUGAGAUGGCGGAUUUCAUGAAGCAGCGGGUUGAAGUGGGAUCCGCGCUGAAUCCAGAGGAGCGCGACAUGUUCUCUGCAGCCUUCAAGAACUCCUUGACCGAACGCCGCCAUGCGGUGCGGGUGGCGGCUGGUGUGGAACAGAUGGAACAAGCCGAAGGACGAGAUGCCUAUGCAUCCUUGGCAGGGGGCUACCGUUCAAAGAUGGAGGCGGAGCUUCAAGAGAUUUGUUCCAACGCCUUGGCCUUGCUCGGGAGCUUGGUCUCCUCUGCAGAGCCAGGAGAGGCGAAGACCUUCUUCCUGAAGAUGCAAGGGGAUUACUAUCGCCACUCGGAUGCGCUGCCAGGCUACUUGGCGGAAUGGACCACCGGGCCAGCCAAGAGUGAAGUGGCCGGACAGGCCAUGAACGUGUACAAGCAAGGCAUGGGCGAGGCGAUGUCACUCCCAACGGCGCAUCCGGCAGCCUGGCGCGUCCUGCUUCGUUCGCUGCCAGUUCCACCGCAAGACACGGACAGUGCUGUGGCGACGGCCACCGAAGCGCUCAACGCGGCCAGCGCCGGCAUUGAGGACAUCCCUGAAGAGUCGCGCAAUGACGCGCGGCGGAGGGAAGGAGAGGUGUCACCCCGGAAGCUAUCCAGUGACACAGGUGGACUGAUGGAUAGCAUGACCAUGCCCAAAUGGAUAGAACAAACGACAUGGUCAUGGUCAUUGUCCAGUGUUCGCGCCUUUGUGCCACAGUCCAUUGAAAUUGAGGAUGGUUUGAUAUAA